AUGGCAUCAGCAAUUAGUGGUCCUGUUCCACUUCCACAAUCUAAAUAUGAUUUAAACUCAUAUUGGGGUAGAGUUAAACAUUGUGCUCAAAUUUCCGAUCCAACUAUGUUAUUAAAUACAAAAAAAGAUAUAGAAACUGCAAAAAGAAUGAUAUGGGAUUAUAGAAAUGGAGUUACAAAUAAAUGGAGUCCUGAAUUAUGGAGAGCUAAAAAGGUAUUGGAUUCAACUUUACAUCCAGAUACCGGUGAAGUUGUGUUUUUACCAUUUAGAAUGUCAAGUUGUGUUUUAUCUAAUUUAGUUGUAACAGCAGGUAUGUUAACUCCAAAUUUAGGAACAGUAGGUACAUUAUUUUGGCAAAUUGCAAAUCAAAGUUUGAAUGUUGCUAUAAAUACUGCAAAUUCAAAUAAAUCUCAUCCUUUAACUACAAAACAAAUUAUUACAAAUUAUACAAUGGCAGUAACUGCUUCAUGUACAGUUGCUUUAGGUUUAAAUUCUCUUGUACCAAGAUUGAAAAAUAUAAAACCAAAUACAAGAAUUAUACUAGGUAGAUUAGUUCCAUUUGCAGCUGUUGUUUCUGCUGGUAUUGCUAAUGUAUUUUUAAUGAGAAGUGAAGAAUUGAAAAAGGGAAUUUCAGUUUAUGAUAAAGAAGGUAAAGAUUUGGGAAAUUCAAAGAUUGCUGCUUGGUAUGCUGUGGGAGAAACUGCUGCUAGUAGAGUUAUUAAUGCUACUCCAAUUAUGGUGAUACCCCCUUUAAUAUUAGUGAAAUUACAAAAGACUAAGUUUUUGAAAAAUAAACCAAAAUCUGUUGAGAUUUUGACUAAUAUCGGAUUGAUUUUUGUUACUUCAUUGGUUGUAUUACCAUUUGCUUUAGCUGUAUUUCCACAAAGAGAAGUUCUUCCAGUUAGUAGGUUGGAGAAGAAAUUUCAACAUUUGAAAAAUAAGGAAGGACAACAUAUCAACUCAGUCGAAUUCAACAGGGGAAUUUAG